UAGACCUAAAAGUCUUACAAAUAUUCCAUCCUUUUUCAUUGUUGACCAAGACAAUUAAAUGUAUGUACCUGGAAAUGAGUUGCCUUUCUGCCGUUGUUCCCCCUAUGCGAGCAUGGAAGAGAACAAGCAAGCAGGAAGGAAGAUGCAUGGGGGCCAGACAGGCAAGUCAUUCUAUCAGUUAUAUUUUAUUUGCACAAUUGGAAUUAAUUUCAGGAGCCAAAGUGCUUUUUUCUGUGCAGCUUGAGCAGGAGCAGUGAACAUUGCUACGGAUCAUUAUUGUAGCUUGUCUUCACUUACCUCAGAGUUGUGAAGAAUAUCUCAACAUUAUGAAUGGUCUGUUUCACCAAUAAGAAAAAAAGAUUGGAAUAGGCCAAUAUAUUUGUGAAUUGUACUUGGAUAAAGGUGACUUUUCUUCUUUAAGUUCUCAAAUUUCUUAACCUAGCUCAAGGUAGUCAUCUGAAUGAGCCAGAAAUUUAACUGAUAAUCAAUCACAGUCAGUCCAUCAUUUGAAAAAUAAGAAUUUAGAACCAUCUGAUGCUAAAAUGGGAACUGGAUAUUACAUUUUGGCGACUGUAACCUUGGUUUAAGGAGCCAUUUGGUGCCUGGCUUAUAUACAUGAGUUUCUAACACUGACCACUACAGGUUGUUCCACUAAGCCACCUAGCAGCUGCAUUUUGUACUAGCUGCAGCUACCAAACCAAGUGCAAGGGUCGUCUAAUUGUAAAGUUAUCUUGUCUGUGGUAAGGGGAACUGCAGAUUCCAGCAGCAGAACAGCCUUUAUACACAGCACAUCAUGAUUUGAUUAAUCACAUUCAAGUAUUCAAAACCCCUUUUUAACAGCCCCUAUGUUACCUCAGUGACCUCCUCCCUACCCUGAAACUUUUGUCAGUUAUUAAAUAAAAAGCAUGACAAAUCCUUAGGCUAUGACCAUUUACUUCGAUGUGCUAACUGCCACGAUACUAGUCAGGGUUUUCCUGCUGCAAAAACCAGCAGGCAGGAUGGAAAAAACCAGUUAUCCUGAAGACUCAACAGCAGGAAUAGGAACAUUAGGACAUGCCUUAUACUGAGUCUGAUAAUUGAUCCAUCUAGCUCUGGAAUGUCCUAAGACUGGAAUCUGGGUGGUGGUGGUGCACAGACAUAAUUCCACUGCCUAUAACUUAAGCUUGAACCUUCAGAUUCCCACCAAGAGCAUAGCUAUGGUCUAUGAAGUAUUGUCUGAGGAAUUGGUCUGCUUUUGAAGACUGACUUGCUCAUGAGUUUCCUUUUACUCAUGCAAAGUCUUUAUUCACCAGGCAUGCAUUUCUGCAUCUGGUAGCCAACCAAGCCUGCAACUUUAGGCUCCUGUGGUCCUGAGAACUAGGUGAAUGCCUGAUGUUUGUCUCAGAUUCCGAGAGGAGGUUAUCCACAUAUUAGGAGGAAACAUGUACUGCUAUCUCCAUCAAUGACACAGGAUCCAAUUGAUGUGGCUUAAUGUUCCUUGACAUGGCCCGUCUCCCUAUAACAUUGUGCUUGGGGAGCUUAAAAUUAUCUCUGAAGAGGAUCACUCCAGUGAAAGCAAGAUAGUAACAACCCCCAAGGAGCCUCUCCUAAAUAGAGUUCAUAUAUCUUUUAUUAAUAUGAGGUUAGUGAUUUUGGUUAUCUUCCACUACCCUAACAUCUUGGUCUGAAAAUUGUCCACAGAACAUCCCGUUCUUCCUGUAACUGCCCUUUUUGCUAACCAUCUUCUAGGUUCUCCCCCACCCUUUCCAUUCUCUCCCCAUUCCGUCUUGUUCAUAACCAAGCUCCGCCCACAUUCCAAAGGGAAAUCUCCUGACGGUUGCUAUAGACAGAAUCCUUCUCCUCUUUCUAACAUGCAGCCUUCUUCCUAUCUUGCCUUGCACCCACAAGGAGCUUCCCUAUUGAGAAAGACAAGCAAGAGUGGAGUGGUCUAGUGAAUUAUUUCACUGAUCAAGGAAAAUGACUAGCAAUCUUGCCUGGCUACUGGUGCUGAUCUCAUGGAACGUGUUAUGUGAGAAUGCAGGUCAGAAACCACCACAGGGUUUUAGAUAUGCUUCUUAUGAAGUGAUCAUCCCAAGGAAACUGACUCCCCGAUAUGGAGAACAGGACACUCAUGAUGUCACAUACCUGCUGCAGAUUGAGGGGAAGGGUCAUGUGGUGACACUCAGGAAAAAGAAGAGCGUUGUCCCUAAACACUUCACUGUCAUCACAUACAGUAAGGAUGGAGAGCGCCAGGUGGACUAUCCUUUCAUCAAAGAUGACUGCUUCUACCGUGGCUUUGUACAAGACAAGCCUUCCUCUAGGGUCACCCUCAGCACUUGCUCGGGGGGCCUCAGAGGUCUGCUUCACUUAGAAAAUUACACCUUUGAAAUUGAACCUGUUCAGGCACCUGGUACUUUUCAACAUGUGCUGUACAGAUUGGAGGGAAUCGAAGGUGCUGUUCGCAUGAGGUGUGGGUUAACAAAGGAAAAAGAAAGGCGCCAAGAGGCCAUGUUCCAAAACAAAAGGAAAGUAUUGACUGAAAGUGCUGCUAGAGGAGCCUGGUUGCCACACACCAGGUACCUAGAGGUUGCAAUUGUGAUAGAACAUGAACGAUAUGUCAGGUUUGACAGAAAUGAAAGUCGUGUUGCUAGGCAAGUUAUGGAUAUCAUCCAUACUGCAAACUCACUAUAUGAGCCACUGUCUCUUGAGCUGUCUAUAGCUGGCUUGGAGAUAUGGACAGAAAAAAACCUCAUAGAAAUUGUUAACAGCAUAGAUGACACUCAUAGUACGUUCACCCACUUUUUAAAAAAUUCACUAAGUAAACGUAUACAUCUUGAUGCUGCUCACUUAUUUAUAUAUAAGAGUUAUGGAAGUACACUUGGAUUAGCGUACGUAGGAACAGUUUGUAGCCCCCAUUGGGCAUCUGGUGUUGAAUCAUAUGUGACUCCCAGUUUGUUCCUUAUUUCUCACACAUUUUCCCAUGAAUUAGGACACAAUCUUGGCAUGCAACAUGAUGAAAAAUACUGUACUUGUAAUCAAAGUUCUUGCAUAAUGGCUGCAUAUCAAACAACGUCUGAUAAGUUUAGCAACUGUAGUUAUAAAGAAUAUUUCAACAGAAGAAACAAGCAGUGUUUGCUAAUUCCACCAGACUCCACUAAAAUAUAUAAAUUUGCAUACUGUGGAAAUGAAGUAGUGGAAGAUGGAGAGGAAUGUGAUUGUGGUUCACCUGAUCAAUGCAAGUUGGAUCCAUGCUGCCAGUCUAAUUGCAUGUUGAGUCCAAGUGCUGCUUGUGCUUUUGGACAGUGCUGUGUUGAGUGUCAGUAUCUUCCAGUUCAUAAGGUUUGCAGAGAACAGGUCAGCAGCUGUGAUCUCCCCGAGUACUGCAACGGGACUUCAGAAUGGUGUCCUGAAGAUGUUUAUGUACAAGAUGGUGCCCCGUGUAGUGAUGGGGCAUAUUGCUAUCAUGGGAAUUGCACAACUCACAAUGGGCAGUGCAGAAUGAUCUUUGGCAACAAAGCAACCAGUGCAUCAAAGGAUUGCUUCAGUGAAAUGAAUGCUCGAGGUGAUCGCUUUGGCAACUGUGGGCUUAGACAUGACACUUAUAAGAAAUGUGAUACUCCGAACAUCUUGUGCGGCCGAAUCCAGUGUGAAAAUGUUGAUACAGUACCUUCUUUGGAGGAACACAGCACCAUAAUUAAUACACCCCUUGGCAAUAGGCAUUGCUGGAGUACAGAUUACCACGCUGGAAUGGAGAUACCCGAUAUUGGAGCAGUGAGAGAUGGGACUCCUUGUGGCACAGAAAUGAUGUGUAUCAAUAGGGAGUGCAAGAAUGUGUCCCUCUUGAAAUAUGAUUGCAAUGUCACAAAGUGUCAUAAUCGAGGAAUAUGCAACACCUACAAACAUUGUCAUUGUGAUGAUGGCUGGGCCCCUCCAGACUGUCUAAACCAAGGUAAUGGUGGCAGCAUUGACAGUGGACCUCCUCCACCAGGGAACACUUCAAAACGUAGCGUCAACAUGACAGGAAUUAUAGCAGCAAUUGUAUUUCUUGUUUCUACUAUUUUUGCUGUUUUGGGGUUGGGUAUUUAUUUCAGGAAGCGUCUGAGAGAGCGGUUUGGAAAAAAACCAGAAAAAACAUAUGAAGAAGGUGUAAAAGAGGAAGAAAAUCCUGGCCCAACUGAAUCAGAGAAUUGAACAAUACACUGAAUGUGUCAAAUAGAUGUGCAGGAAAUAA